AGGUUCACAGCCCAAGGGCACGACACGACGACCUAAUCUCCUCCUCCUCAUCUCUCUCUCUUCCCCUCUCGCUCUGGCUCCUCUCAAAGCCCUUGUUUGAUGGGAAGCAGAUGUGCCGUUGAAGCUUGUGGGAUAUAAUCUAUAGCGAUCCAGUUCAGGAUCGUAUUCUGCGAAAAGUCUACUCGGGGCUAUAAAUUUUACGUUUUCUGGGUUAAUAGGUGGCAUUAAUUCUACUUGGGGCUCAUAGCAGUUCGCGAAGAGCUUGAGGCAUAGCCAGCUAUGGCCCGUCACCGAGAAUUCGAAGACGACGAAGAGCUGGACCCCGAAGAGGAGGAUUACGCGUUCGACGAGGAAGAUUUAGAAGAGGAAAGAGGGGCUUCGAAUAGGAAGCGCAGGAGAUCAGAUUUCAUUGAUGAUUUGGCUGAGGAGGACGAGGACGAGUAUGAGGAGGAGGAGGAAGACGACGACGAUGAUUACGGCGGCGGCGGUGGUGGUGCUAGGAGGCGAAAACCUAAGAGGCGGACCGCGUCGGACUUUUUGGAUAUAGAGGCGCAAGUUGAUACCGAUGAGGAGGAAGAAGAGGAGGACGGGGAGGACGACUUCAUAGAUAGAACUGGAGCUGAGCUAGGUGAUGAAGAUGAUAGAAGGAUCCAUCGACGGCCAUUGCUUCCUCGUGAGGACGAACAAGAAGAUGUUGAAGCUCUGGAGAGAAGCAUUCAGGCAAGAUACGCAAGGUCAAGUCAUGCAGCAGAAUAUGAUGAGGAGACUACAGAUGUUGACCAACAAGCACUUCUACCAUCUGUUCGGGAUCCAAAGUUGUGGAUGGUCAAAUGUGCGAUUGGUCGUGAGCGAGAGACGGCUGUUUGCCUAAUGCAAAAGUAUAUCGACAAAGGAUCUGAAUUACAAAUCAGGUCUGCAGUUGCCCUUGAUCAUCUGAAGAACUAUAUAUAUAUAGAAGCAGACAAAGAAGCCCACGUGAGGGAGGCAUGUAAAGGCCUACGCAAUAUAUACGCCCAGAAAAUAAUGCUUGUCCCAAUCCGUGAAAUGACUGAUGUUCUUUCUGUUGAAAGCAAGAGCAUUGAUCUUUCUAGGGACACCUGGGUCAGAAUGAAAAUCGGAACUUACAAAGGCGACCUUGCACAGGUUGUUGAUGUGGAUAAUGUUAGGCAGAGAGUUACAGUUAAACUAAUUCCAAGGAUUGACUUACAAGCACUUGCGAAUAAGUUGGAAGGUAGAGAGGUUCCGAAGAAGAAGGCAUUUGUUCCUCCUCCACGUUUUAUGAAUGUCGAUGAAGCUAGGGAACUGCAUAUACGAGUAGAGCGUCGACGGGAUCCAAUGACUGGUGAUUACUUUGAGAACAUUGGUGGGAUGCUAUUUAAAGAUGGUUUCUUAUAUAAAACUAUGUCGAUGAAAUCAAUUAGCUCUCAAAAUAUAAAACCCACUUUUGAUGAACUUGAAAAGUUUCGAAAGCCUGGAGAGCAUGGAGAUGGAGAUAUGGCGAAUUUGUCAACGUUGUUUGUAAAUAGGAAGAAAGGUCAUUUUAUGAAGGGUGAUGCUGUUAUUGUUGUGAAAGGAGAUCUGAAAAACUUAAAAGGAUGGGUUGAGAAAGUGGAGGAAGAGAAUGUCCAUAUUAGACCCGAAAUGAAGGGUCUUCCGAAAACUCUUGCUGUCAAUCAAAAAGAGCUUUGCAAAUAUUUUGAACCUGGGAAUCAUGUCAAGAUUGUCUCUGGAACACAAGAAGGAGCAACUGGUAUGGUUGUUAAGGUGGAGCAGCAUGUUCUGAUCAUUCUCUCUGAUACAACGAAGGAACACAUCCGUGUCUUUGCUGAUGAUGUUGUAGAGAGCUCUGAGGUGACUACUGGUGUUACUAAAAUUGGGGAGUAUGAGCUCCAUGAUCUCGUAUUACUAGAUAAUAGGAGCUUCGGCAUUAUUAUACGUGUGGAAAGUGAAGCAUUUCAGGUUCUUAAGGGAGUUCCAGAAAGACCUGAGGUCAGUCUUAUUAAAUUACGAGAGAUCAAAUGCAAGUUAGAGAAGAAGUUCGAUGGGCAGGAUCGAUACAAGAAUACUGUAUCAGUUAAAGACAUUGUUAGGAUCCUGGAGGGUCCUUGCAAAGGGAAACAAGGACCUGUAGAGCACAUAUAUAGAGGAGUCUUGUUCAUCUAUGAUCGCCAUCACCUCGAGCAUGCUGGGUUUAUUUGUGCUAAAUCCGAUUCUUGUAUUGUUGUGGGUGGAUCUCGUGCCAAUGGUGGUAGAAAUGGUGAUGCUUACUCCCGGCUUAGCAGCUUCAAAACUCCGUCACGUAUACCUCCUUCCCCAAGGAAUUUUCAUAGAGGAGGCCCUCCAAUUAAUUCUCGAGGACAGAAUAGAGGUGGAAGAGGUGGACAUGAUGCUUUGGUUGGUACAACAGUAAAAAUACGUCAGGGUCCCUUUAAGGGUUACCGAGGUCGAGUUGUAGAUGUUAAAGACCAGUCAGUUAGAGUAGAAUUGGAGUCCCAAAUGAAGGUUGUCACAGUUGAUCGCAAGUCUAUUGCUGAUGGUGUUGCCGUUUCAACCCCAUUCCGUGAUACACCUCAUCGGUAUGGGAUGGGAAGUGAGACUCCCAUGCAUCCUUCGCGGACUCCGUUGCAUCCAUAUAUGACUCCUAUGAGAGAUUCUGGAGCAACACCUAUUCAUGAUGGCAUGAGGACACCUAUGCGUGACCGAGCAUGGAAUCCUUAUACGCCCAUGAGUCCACCAAGGGAUAAUUGGGAAGAUGGGAAUCCCGGCUCUUGGGGAACAAGUCCACAGUAUCAGCCAGGAAGUCCUUCGCGGGCAUAUGAAGCACCAACUCCUGGUUCAGGCUGGGCAAACACCCCUGGUGGCAAUUAUCGUGAAGCUGGAACACCAAGAGACAGCAGUUCUUCUUAUGCAAAUGCUCCAAGCCCAUAUCUGCCAUCAACUCCUGGUGGGCAGCCAAUGACGCCGAGCUCAGCACCCUAUCUUCCUGGCACACCUGGAGGACAGCCAAUGACACCUGGAACGGGAGGCCUCGAUGUUAUGUCGCCUGUUAUAGGUUCUGAGAAUGAAGGACCGUGGUUCAUGCCAGACAUCCAGGUUAAUGUACGCAGGUUGGGAGAUGAUUCUGUUGGUGUCAUCCGAGAGGUGCUUCCGGAUGGAACUUGUAGGGUAGCCCUUGGUUCGAAUGGCAAUGGUGAAACUCUGACAGUAAGUCCCAGUGAAAUUGAGAUUGUGGCUCCAAGGAAAUCAGAUAAGAUAAAGAUCAUGGGUGGUGGGCAACGUGGAGCCACUGGUAGAUUGAUUGGUGUAGAUGGCACUGAUGGAAUUGUAAAAGUAGAUGACACUCUUGAUGUUAAGAUUUUAGACAUGGUUUUACUGGCAAAACUGGCACAACCAUGA